AUGGAGAACACCAAGUCAUCGUGGUUCCAGGCGCAGGCAGCGGCAGCGGCAGCGGACCUGACGCUGGCGAUCGGGCCGGCAGGCGGCAACCAAGGCUGGGAAGAGAACAAGGAGGCGGUAGCGCCGACAGCGCGCGUGAACGGCAAGGACGUGCGGCUGUUCCCGUGCCUCUUCUGCAACAAGACCUUCCUCAAGUCGCAGGCGCUCGGCGGCCACCAGAACGCGCACCGCAAGGACCGACUCGGCAGCUUCAGCGACCCAUACAUGUACGGCCCCUACGGCGAAGGCCCCUUCCGCGGAACCGCCGUUGAUUCUGGCAGCAGCUGGUCCAUGAGCACCUCCGUCCUAUCGCACGGCGGUAGCCGCGUGUCGGCGCCGGCGAGCGCUGAUGCCAGGACUGAGAGGUGGAGCAGCGCCGCUCCACGCUUUGCAGAGCACGCGCAGGCGCAGCUCCUUGUGGAUCCAGCGGCUGGACAUGACGGCGCGGUGGACAUGCUCAGCACGAGGGCCUCCGUUAGCAGUGCCGGUGAGGAGCUCGAGCUCGAGCUCCGCCUCUAG